AUGAAAAAUUUAAUUUUAUUAUUUUUAUUAAUUUCAAUUAUUAAUUUAAUUCAAUCAUUACCACUUGAUAGUGUUAUUAAUUUUUAUGUAAAUUCAACAGUUGGAUCAUGUAAAGGAAAACAAUUAGAAGUUUCAUUAGAUGUUUGUAAUAAUGGUUGUUCAAAUUCUUUUAAAAUUACUUCUUCAAAAGAUAAUGUUAAUAAUUAUAAUUUUACAUCAUAUAUUGAAACUGAUGAUAAACAAUGUUUAACAAAUAAUUAUACAAUUAAUUUAUUCAAUUGUUCAAUUGAUAAUGCUGCUUUAGUUGGUCCAUAUUCUGUUAAAUGUAUCUUUAAAGAAACUCCAUCACCAUCAAAUUCUUCAAAUCCAUCACCUUCCCCAAAUACAACAUCUUCAUCAUCCUUAUCUUCAUCAUCGUUAAAUUCAAAUGAACCAAAUCAAACUACAAAACCUCCAAAAACAAAUGAACCUCAAAAAAAUAAUUCAACAAGUAAUAUUCCAAACUUUUUUGCAAUUUUUGGUUUUUUAGUUUUAAUUAUUUUUAUUUUGGGUGAUAAAAUCUAA